AUGGCGAGCAAGCUUACUCCCCUCAUCCGCUCCGCCAUCCGGCCGGUGUGCCGGGCUGGCCGCCCUCAGUCUCGCGCCGCCUUCUCUCUCACAGCAAGCCGACGAAGCGACACUCUCAUGGUGCAUCGAAACACCGAGGACAACAACGCCGACAUCCCCUUUAAGUUCAACGAGAAGAACCAGACCGUCAUUGCCGAGAUCCUCAAGCGAUACCCUCCCCAGUAUAAGAAGGCUGCUGUCAUGCCUUUGCUAGACCUUGGCCAGCGCCAGCACGGCUUCACCAGCAUCAGCGUCAUGAACGAGGUCGCCCGUCUUCUUGAGAUGCCUCCUAUGCGAGUGUACGAGGUUGCCUCUUUCUACACCAUGUACAACAGAACUCCCGUGGGCAAAUAUUUUGUUCAAAUCUGCACUACGACACCUUGCCAACUUGGAGGCUGUGGAUCCGAUGUCAUCGUCAAGGCUAUUAAGGAGGAGCUCGGAAUUGAGCAGGGCCAGACCACUGCCGACGGUCUCUUCACCAUUCUCGAGGUCGAGUGCCUCGGUGCCUGUGUCAACGCUCCCAUGAUCCAGAUCAACGACGACUACUACGAGGAUCUCACCCCCGCCUCCGUGAAGGAUCUCCUCAAGUCCCUUCGGGCACAGGCUACUGCUUCCGAUCCUUCUACUGUCAACGUCCCCAAGCCUGGUCCUCUCAGCAGCCGAGACACAUGCGAGAACAGUGCUGGCCAAACAAGCCUUAACGCGGAGCCCUGGGGAACCGAGACCACAAGGGCGGACCUGUAG